AUGCUCCAGUCUUUUCCCGAAUCCACGCUCCCCGGCUCCUUCCUUCAUCUCCCGGUACACCUUUUACCUUCGACCUUGAGGACCCUCGGGUCGGAGCUCUGGAGCUCCAGGUGCCCUGACUCCAACCGAAAAGCAAUUCCUCCGAGACGUACCGAGAGCCUACUGCGCGUAAGCUCCCACUACGCGCGGCACCGUGCGCUGGGGCUCAAUGCCCCGGCUUGUCUUCCUCUUCCCGGCGGAUCCAUCCCGGCCCAAGGGCCGCGCCGCCUGCGCCGAGGUGCGGAGGCACCCGCUGGAGGAGGACUGCGCCGGGCACGGAGACCGGGGCAAGGAGAGGCGGCCGCUUGCGGGCAGGCGCCGGGAGACGGCGGGGACACUCAGCGGCCGGGACACGCGCGGUGGCCUCAUCCAGGGCACCUGCGGCCAGGCAGGAUGGGCCGGGGCAGCGCAGUCAGCGACAGGGCGAGCGCGACCGCCCGCGCGUCUUAUCCUCCGCUCCUGCCCCACCGGCGCAGCCUCGCUUCCUCCGGACGGAGCCCGGGGACCCCAGCUCGGCCGGAUGCCCCCGCCAGCCCCCACCCAUUCCCGGCCGCCUCCCCCUCGUCACCCUCUCCCCUCCCCCCGCCCCCAACCCCCCACCGGAAUGGAAAAUACCUCCCGGGGUGGGGGGCGGGCGGGGCCACGCCUCUCUGA